AAAAUUCUAUUUGUACGCCACGUGGACUGAAACUACAAGUCUAAGACGAGCUGAGUCAUCGUCUUUGUUACUUCUUCGCUUCUGGCUCGCAUUCUCACUCACAAACUCAUAUUUCUUCAGACCCAACACACGACCGCUACGCCGCCUCUCCUCCUAUUACUACGAUCUCUCUUUCUAUAAAUAGCAACUCCCUUUUGUGUGGUUCCCUUUUGCUUUCAUGCUUCUGCAUCCUUUCUUUCCUUUAUUAUAAAUAUAUUGGGUUUCUCUUCUUCUACUCGAUUGACGUCUUCUAAACACUAGUGUGUGGAGAUUCUUGAUCGCCAUUGAUUUGAAUAUACAUUUUUUUGAUUGAAAGAACAGAACCCAGAUUGAAAGAUUCAAUUUAUACGUUUUUUGAGGCGUGUUUGAGUGCUUUGUGAGCUCGGAGACGAAAUUUACAGAGGAAGAAGAUUAGGGUUGGUAGAAUGAGAGCGAGAUUGAUAGUGUUUCCUGUUAAAGGGAGGAACUGGUGUUUUAGCAGAUCAAUUGAUCCUCUGGUUUCGGAUUCUGGUGCUGGUAAUACUCCUUCCACUCUCAAAGAUCUAUGGAAAAGGAUCUCUUUCAAUUCAAAUCCCAAUGUUAAUUCUAGUUCCAAUGCCAAUGCCACUGUCAAUCCCUUUGCUGCUAAUGCUGAACUGGUAGUCGAUUUCGUAUCUAACAAGAUGAACAAAGCUUGGAUUAGUCUGGAGAAGGCACCUGAGGGAACCUUUAAAAGAAAAAUUCAUGGGGUGGGAUUGAAGCUAUUGGCUCGGGUGAAGCCGUCUGAGAUUUUCUUGAAAUCUAUCACUAACGAGGUCUCACAUGUUGAAGUUACAUACCCUUCAAGCUUAAAUGCACGACUUGUGCGUAGGAGGUUACGACAUAUUGCCUCGAGGGGAUCUAUCAUACACAAGAAGUACUUAUACGGUUCGGUUACGUUGCUCCCUCUGACAUCUGCAUUUAUGGUUUUGCCUUUGCCUAAUAUUCCCUUCUUCUGGUGUUUAUUCCGUACUUACUCUCAUUGGCGAGCUCUCCAGGGAAGCGAGAAGCUUCUUCAGCUAGUCUCAGAUAGCCCGAAGACUCCAGAUAGAAAUGGAGUUGAGCAUGGAAUGAAAAAGUUACUUAAUUCUCCGUGGGUUUUGCAGCCAUCCAAAGAACUUGAGGAACUUCUUCAUCAGGGAGAUGAACACGAUGAUCUGAAUAAGCAGGCUAUAUUAAAAGUCUGCAAAGCCUUUGACUUGAACUCGAAUGAUGUUCUAAAAUACAGAGAUACCGUGUAAUUAAAUUGUCGCAAUCUUUCCCAUUUCAAAUGUAAUGUCACAUUCUCUUGAAAAAGAAAUUGAUUAUUGAACACUUAAGCUGUAUGAAAGGAAAUUUUGGAGGGAUGCUUACACGAAUGCAU